AUGAAUGUCAGCCCCAUGAAGAACCAAGCCGAGUCCAAGGCCACUCGGAGAGCCGAUCUGGUGGAAGAGAUGAAGGGCGUCCCCAGCGGCAGUUCCUUUCUUCUCACCGUUCCUGGGGAUGGAUCCAGCAGCGGUGGAUUGUUCGCUGAUAUGUCGGAAGAGAAUGACAAACUCCUCAAACAGAUCCACAGUGUGCAAAAGCUCCUUCCCAAGAAACAGCAAGAAGAGGAAGAAGAAGAGUCAGAUACGAAGCAGUUGUCACGAAGAAGUGCACACAAUGGUUUGCCGUCAAAGAAAGAAGAAAAGCAGGAAUAUAAAAGGUCUAGCAGCCGAAGGGACAUGAGAGAUGACUUGAAGCGUCGCAGCAGCCACAGACAGAUGGGAGCAAAGUCCUCCCACAAGCAGGAACUUUCUCCCCGUCGCAAGGAACGUUCCGCUGCCCCUGCAACGGACAGACUCAAGGGUAUGAGACGAUGCCAAACCGUAGACACAAAGCCAACCACCGAGCCGCCCAAGAGUAUGCGGCGAUGCAAGACUGUAGAGCAUGGAAAUGCCAAACAGCAACCCGAGACGCUAGAAGAGAGUCCUUGUGAUAAAGCGCCCCGAAACAGGCGUUCCCGUCGAUCCAUUCACUCCCCAGUAGCGGACCAAGAUUCACCUAUGCGACGCUCAGACCACGCAGCCAAGCGAACUGGACGCAAACAGGGUGCCGACGUGCGGAGCUCGCAGAUCCAUCAGGCAUUGAAACUACAAGAAUUGCAGCAUGCCCUGGUGGAUGACGAGUCUGGAACGAUAGAGGAGGAAGAAGAAGAACAGAAAGAAGAACAAAAGGAGCCGCCCAUGCAAGCAUCUGAAAAGGAUCAACCAGAAGUGGAAGGCAAGAACCUCUCCAAUUCUCAAUUGCAGGAUUUGAGCGACCGGUCGUCCACCCAUGGAUCCACCAGCCCAAGAAGAGCAUCUUCGAUGUUGCCUUCGUUUCCCCGCAUUUCCUUUGGCUUGGGUAGUGGUAAAAAAGAGGAAGGGCGUCAAAGCACGUUCCUGAAUACCAUGUCUUCCCUGGUCCCACAGCUCCCCGGGAGCAACUACGGGCUCAUGGAGGAAGAAGAGGACGAUUUUGAUGUGUUCCCUAAGGAAGAAUCCUCCAUGGCCAUGGAUGACAGUGCAGUUUCCAAACAGGAAGGCGACAGCAGCCGUAAUAAUCAUGGCGCCGCUUCUUUGGAAUCGGAAUCGGCUCAGGAUCAUGAAACGAAGAACAAGAAUGAGGAAGAGGAUACCCUCUGCACCUCGGCUCAAGGACGAAGCCGCGAGGACCUCAUCAGGAGUCGACGACAACGAAACCGCCGAGGGAAUUCAAGGAGAAACAUUGCGGACAACAAGAGCAAGAGCAUCUCACCACGAAGGCAGAACGGUGGAAAGCGGCAAAUCAAGUUGGCUAACAACCAGCUGGUCGACGACGUCUGCGCACAGUAG